UCGCAGUUGUAUUCUUAUUUUUUUGGCGUGGAUACAAUCGUAAUUACCUCAAAAAAAUCAAAUACUACUAGACACCUACACUAAAAAUCACUCAUUUAUAAAUAUCCAUUUCCGACCAGAGUCACAAAACCGCAGUACAACAAUACAUACAGUGGCAGCGUGACAUCAAAAAAAAAACAAAAUUAAUCUAAACAGGUGCAUUAAAUUCAUAAACGAUGACGUGUCAUCAGCUGAACUGUCAAAAAAAAAAGAAGACCCCCAAGUGUUUUUUCGUCAAACAGACAGAUGGUAAUAACAACAACAAAGUCGCGCUGGUCAUAACUCCAUAAUAAACAACAAAUUCACAAAACCAAAACUAGUGUAUAGUGGUAGUAGUAGUAGUACGCUGUUGUAGUAAAGACUAGUAAGAAAACAAUUAUGUGAAAAAAGAAGAAAGAAAAAUCUCCCAACUCCUUCUUCUUCCUCGUUCCCACCUUCCCCUGUUUUCCAGUCUCCAGUCCCAUCUUUUCAUUUUCUUCCUCCCCACUCACUCAGUCAGUCAACCCAGCCCACCACAACAAGAUCAAUAAUCCCCCACAAAAACGAAAAGGUACGUUUUCCAGUCGAAAUCCACUGAGAAUUGCUUUCUCACUCACCCUUUUCAUUAGUCUAUUCGAUUCAACUCGACCUUUAGGUCCAUAACCAAAUUCAAGUCCAACCCACCAUGCGUAAGCACUUGAUUCAUGCUCCUACUCCAUCUCCAUCUCCGGCACCGGCACCGUCGCCUCAGGCGGGGAUACCAUCACCUUCCACGGCGGAGAUUCUCCCGUCAUCAUUAUCGUCAUCAUCCUCUGUGACGACCGCAGCUUCCACAUCCACAUCCUCUUCGUCAUCUCCUCCGCCGUCUAAACUACCAGUACAAUUCAGUCCGCCGUUAAUAGCGAUGGUCGUCAUCAUCAUCUCUGCUUUCAUCGUCAUCACGUAUUCCCGGCUAAUAUCGCGUCAAUUCCUCCACCUCCAACGCCGUUACCUGCGGUGGAGACUCCACCGCCGGCGUUACGUCCCUUCAUCUUCCGCCAGCAACAUCGAGUCCCCACCGUACCCGUUUGAUCUAAACGACGCGUUUCACGUUCUCUCCCCUUACGGCCUCGACGACUCGGCGAUCAAGACCAUUCCUCUGUCCGUUCAUACCAGGAAGAGCUCCAUCCUUGACUGCGCCGUUUGCUUAUUGGAAUUCGAAGAGAACGAUUAUGUCCGUACACUUCCGGUUUGCUCACACGCUUUUCACGUUGACUGUAUUGAUAUAUGGCUGAAAUCCCAUGCCAAUUGUCCCCUGUGUCGGGCCAUCAUUUUCAGACCCGAAUCGCCCUUCAUCCCCGUCAUGGCGACCCGAAUCCGGCCGAGUCUCGACGACAUGAUCAUCGAGAGCACGAUUCUAGAACCUUUGACUGAGUUCGUGCCGGAAUCGGAUUCAAUUAACGCCGAGGAAAUUACGCAGGACCCGUCUCCGAGAAGGAACGCUCCGUUAUCGGAGGAUUGUUCUUGUUCACACAACCGCCGUGAUUUUCUGCUGAAGCGGUCGUAUUCGUUCGGGUUUGAACGUAAUUUAGGAUCGGAAAGGCUUGUUCUUGAGCCGGUGACGGCAUCCCCAUGGCGGUACCGCAGAGGAGGAGUUGGAAGCUUCUGGAAUAAACGCCCGUCCCCAUUCAGUUCGUUGACAAAGCCAAGGGUUUUCUCAUUCCGUUAUUACAGAGGGAUGAACAUGAAGUCUCCGUUUUUCCGUCGCCGGGGCAGCGGCGGCGGCGGAGUUGGAGGAAGCUUUUACCCGUUGUCGGAAUCCAGCGUAAGAUUCGGCGGAGGGUCAACGUCAGCCGGAGGAGGCGAAUCAUCCCGGCGGAGCAACAAAUCAUUUGCAAGCCCAAUGUUCAUGAGAAACUCAGGCACAUCCAGCUUCUUCUCGUCGAGCCGGCACAGAAGUGGCGACCCGGAAGCUUUAUUAUCACCGGACCGGUACACCAAACGGUGAUCGGAGAUGCCACGUGGAAACAAAUUGAUGAUGAUGAUGAUCUAGCGGGAAAGAACGGACGGCCAGAGAUGGUGGGGGGCCAGGCCAACCAAAUUCGCUGAAGCUAGCCUUAGAGGGGAGGGAAAAAAUGGUAGAAUUAAAUGAGGGCUGCCUGACCAAUUUUUUUGAGUGUUGGGAAAGGCUAACAAACAAGCUGGUAGAAGAAAUUAAUUUCAAUUUGGACAGAGCUGGUGGGAAAUGGCGGAAGCGGCAAUUAAUGUCUGAAUUGACGACAGAGAAAGAAAUCAAUUAAUUGGCCUUUGGGAGGGAAAAGAAGGUCCACAGUCCACUACUUUUACUUCCCCUCCCUUAUUACACAGUGUACGUUCCUCAUACUGCAAAUGCCGCGGGUUCCUGUGAAUGAAUUAUAAAGAUGGAUUUCUCUCUUUAUUUGAGUGGGGGGAAGUUAUCAUUAUUGAUUGCAUUUACUUUUUUUGAGAGAUGGGGUCUUAGUUUUUUCGGUUUCUGGGAAGAAAAAAAAAGAGAGCCCAUAUGUUAUUAUGUGAUGAUCAUUGACUGUGCUGUUGAUGAUAAAAGGGAGACAAAUUACAGUCGGAAAAUCCCUUCUCUUCUCGGCUUCUCGCUACUGAGUUACAGUCGAUUCUUUUAAUGGUAGUAUCUUACUAUAAGCCAAUUUUAAAGUUGCUAAUGAACACUAAUUGCAAGGUUGCACUUUUUUUCUGGUCCUAGUACAAUAGAGUUUUUUACUCUACAAAACUUUGUGUACAAUUCAAAUUUAAUGUUUCCCUCAUUAUAGAUUCAACAUGUGAUGGUGAUGAUGAUGGUCUUUUUUAGAAGAAUGGGGGGAUUGGCUUUCAUCCUGAUUGGUUAAAUUUAGUUUGAUUUUGCCAUUUUCGUGUGUGGUUUUCACUUUUUUUAGGCUCUCCCAUCCUCUUCAAAAUACCAUGCAAGUUGCACAU